UCAACAAUUUUGGCUUUCUUUGACUCUAGCUGAUCUCUCUAGCUGCACUAAUUACAGCUCCUUUCUACCAUCUUCACCACAAGGAACAAGAUUUUCUAGCAUCAGUGUCAUCUGACCAAAGAGAAAACCAAAAAUGUCCAGCAUCAUGAAAGUGUUUCUACUCCUGGCCGUCAUGGUCUACAUCUCUAAAGCCCAAUUCGGCGAAUCAGGACAGCAGUGUCUGUGUCAACGUGUCAGGAAUCAAAUUGCUUCAAAGUCUGAAGUAAAGGAAAUCCAGAUCUACCCAGCAACUGUCUUCUGUGACAAAAUUGAGAUUUUUGUCACCCUCAACAGCGGCCUUCGCUAUUGCCUGAACCCUAAGUUGAACGCAAUGAAAAAACUUCUGGCUAACGUCAUGAAACAGAAAACCUUCGCAGCCAGACCAACCGAGCUCUCUUCUACCGUGCGCAGCACCAGCACAGCUCGCAUCUGACUCUCUUUACUUCCUUGGAUCAAUAAGAAGCUGAGAUGACCUUGGACCUCCAACAAAGGCACCUUAAACAAAUGAAGCUGUGAAAUGAAUGAAAUGAAAUAUUUCCUUUGGAUUUUUUUGUAAAAUAAUUUUUGUGUGUUGGAGUUUUCUGCACUUUUGACAAUUUCAGGUUUUAUGUGUUCUUUGAUAAUAAAAUAAAGAAAGUGAGAAUUGA